CAUGGCAGCCUCCAUGGAUUUGUUUACAGGGAAUUUGCUCAACCUUGCAAAACAAUUUAUGCAUGUUUUGAUCGAUUAAAUUAGAUGUUUAUUAUUCUAUGUUAUUGUUGAAGGGACCGUGUAAGUUGAUGCAAGAUGAGCGACGAUGCCAUAUAUGCCACGAAUGAUGAUGCUGCAAUGUGCAAACGAUUUGCAGUUAAGCAAGGAUACUGGAAAGAUCCCUACAUCCAAUUCCUUGUCAAGGCUGGAAACAGGAAAGCACCAGAAAUAAACAGAGGUUAUUAUGCAAGAGCGGAGGGUCUACGCCGAUUGCUGAGGCAGUUCAUGAAUCUAACUCAAUGCGCCUGUCAGAUUGUUAACCUUGGGGCAGGUUUCGACACCAAUUUUUGGCUUCUUAAGGAUGAAGGUCUGGUUGCGGAUGUCUUUGUUGAGCUGGACAUGAGGGCAGUAACCAGUCGCAAAUGUCACAUGAUUAAAACCCGAUCUAACCUGUUGGAACCAGUUCAAGCCAGUCAUGGUGCAGACCCUGUGGUGAUUGAGGAUGCUGAGCUUCACUCGACUCAUUUUCACAUCAUGUGGGCAGACUUAAGAGAUGUAGCACAGGUAGAAGACAAACUCAACAAAGUAGGACUAGACAAAAACAAGCCCACUCUGUUCUUAAGUGAAUGUGUUCUGGUGUAUAUGCCUCCAGAAAAGUCGUCUGCUCUGAUUAAGUGGGCGGGUAGCACUUACAACACUUCAAUGUUCCUAAAUUACGAGCAGGUUAACAUGGGUGACCGCUUUGGCCAGGUCAUGGUUCAGAACCUCCGCAAGCGAACUUGUGACCUGGUUGGGGUGGACGCGUGUAUGAGUCUGGACACACAGAAAGCGAGGUAUAUUUCUAACGGCUGGGAAGGUACCGAAGCCUUUGAUAUGAUGACUGUAUAUCGGAACCUUCCUGGCGAUGAUCUGUAUCGGAUUGAGAGAUUGGAAUUUAUGGACGAGACGGAACCCUUGCAGCAACUCAUGGAACAUUACUGUAUGUCAUGGGCAUGGAGAGAUACUCUUAAGAUUGGGUUGGACUCCAUUGGAAUCAAUAGGUAAUGGGACCAACGCUGAAAGUUGCAAACUUUGAGGAGAAUUAUUUGUGAUUAACAUUUAAGAAGUUUUUUGAUGAGAUUCGUUGUUGAAAAAAAAACUGUUGUUUGUUCCUUGACAGUGUUCAAGUUGUUUUGACUUAAUCAUCAAUAUUAUCCGAUUUGAUUCAACAUUCAAGUUACAGAACCAGUGAGGCUUUGAGGGUAUAUCACCUUGAAAUCAAAACAAAUUUGGAGUGUGUCAUUUCUGGAGCUUUGGCAAUUUUAUUUGAUGCUUUUGUCCACUAAAUGUUCUAGUACAAUUUCCUGGAUAUGGGGGUAGUGCGUGUUCAACAGAAGUGAUCAAUGUACAUUAAUAAGUUGAAACUUAGGAUGACCUUCGACCUCUAGGUAUCGGAAUUUGACAUCAUACUUUAAAUAUUGACACUUGAGCAAGACAGUUAACCACGAUUGCUUCGUAACAAGUUGGGAAGGUAGUGCAUUCUGCUCUACCAGCCAGGCUCCUAGAGGAUGGUACCCUUGCCUACAUCCUUAUAGACUGUGAAAGGGUAACCCUGUUUUAAGCCCCAGGAGAAGGUUGCAACGUGCCCCAGGUGACGGUUAAUUUGGUCGAUAGCCCAAGUUGUUUAAGUGUAGCCCUUACUUUGAAGUGACCGUCCGACCUUGUGAUGUAAAGCAAUCUCUCAUAAAAUUGUUUGUAAAUAAUAUAUUGCAUGGUGCAUCAAAUGCAUUGUGAUUGUUUAAAACAAAAAAGGAUUACACCUUGUGAAAUGUUAAUGCUUCAGAAGUUAAGCUGAAUAAAUAACAUGUUGAUAGAGUAAGUUUUAAUUUAUUGACUAUUGCUUUAUGAAAAAAAAGGUCAGUGGAAGUUUAUAAAUUGUCAUUUCAAGUACAGAAUAAUAAAUAAAAGUUGAA